UCGGUGUGAGCUGCCUAUACACACCCGGGAGGACCGCGCCUCCCGCCUUCUCGCGACACGGUACCCCCAGGAGUACUCUCGGGAAACACAGCAGUAAUGGAGUUUUUAAAGUACAAGUCAACGAGAAGCGGACGCCAACGACCUAAGCCGAAGAACAGGCUCCAGAUGAUCAAGCUGAGCUACGGAGUCACGUCUGCGCCUGCGCCAAGUCUGGGCGGUGCCCACUCGCGCCUGCGCAGUUACAGAAGGUGCGGCUUUACUCGCGAGGUUUGGCUGUAACGUCUCGCGAGAUGUAUGUACUUCGGCGAGACUUGCAGAUUCGAAAAGGUCCGGCGCGUCAAAGUAGGACCGAGGUUCCUGCGGGGCGGGGCCGCUGCUUUUGAGAAACCCGAGUGCCGGCAACUUCUAAGGCGAAACAACAAAAUAUGGAGGCUGAUGAACUCACAGUUCUUCGAUGCAAACUCAAAAAAGUUGAGGAGGAGCGACUGAAGGCCGCGGAGUAUGGGUUGCAGUUGUUGGAGAGCCAGAGUGAACUGCAGAAUCGGCUGGAUAAGUGUCGCAUUGAGAUGAUGACCUUGACUGAGAAUUAUGAACAAGGAAAAUACACUCUUCAAAGAGAAGUUGAGCUGAAAAACAGAAUGUUAGAGAGUUUGAGCUCUGAGUACGAAGCUGUCAAACAGCAGCACAGAGCGCACCUGGAGAAGCUGGAAGAAAGGCUUGGCAGAAGCCACGGACAGGAAGUGAACGAGCUGAAAAAUAAGCUGGAGAAACUGAAGGCAGAGUUAGAUGAGGCUAGACUCAGUGAAAAGCAACUCAAGCACAAAAUAGAUCACCAGAAGGAACUGCUGGCUUCUAAAUCUGAGGAGAUACAGAAAAUGUCGGAGCACGCACACGAAAGCAUGUCUGCAGAGCUGCUGACGCUGCAAGUGGAGCUGACUCACACAGAAAAUCAGAAGAGCAUCCUGAAAGAAGAACUGAAUGACCUGCAGUACAGACAAGCACAAUUAGAACUUCUUAAUCAGAAUUUAAUGCGCCAGGUAGACCGGCUUAAAGAAGAAAAAGAGGAGCGAGAGGAAGAAGCAGUCUCGUACUGCAAUGCCUUAGAGAAAGCUCGAGAAAUGAACCAAGACCUCCAGGUGCAGUUGGACCAGGUGCUCCAGCAGGCCGCGGACCCGAGUAGUAGAGGCCACUCCUUGUUUGCGGAGGUGGAGGACCGCAGGGCGGCCAUGGAACGUCAGCUGAUCAGUAUGAAGGUCAAGUAUCAGUCACUGAAGAAGCAGAAUGCGUUCAAUAGAGAGCAGAUGCAAAGAAUGAAGUUACAAAUUGCUGCUUUGCUGCAAAUGAAAGGAUCUCAGACAGAACAUGAUCAACAGGAGCGGCUGUUUGCUAUGGUAGAGCAGAAGAACAGCGAAAUCAAGCAUCUCUUGAGCGAGAUUGAGAGCCUGCAGAAGUUUCAGAGUUUAUAUGAAAACAUGGAAGCUAAGCCUUCAUCCAGAGCAGCUGUGGAAGAUAACACUUACUACACAGAUCUACUUCAGAUGAAGCUUGACAACUUAAACAAAGAAUAUGAAAGCUGUAAAGGGGAAUUUUCCAUACAGCGCAUGAGAGCACUAUUUGAGAGCCAGCGGGCUCUGGAUCUUGAACGCAAGCUCUUCGCAAAUGAAAGGUCCCUCCAGGUUGCCCAGAGUGAAAACAUGCAGCUGAGAGCCAGGCUGGACGAGCUGAAGCUCAAGUAUGAACCUGAAGAGAAAAUGCUAGUGCCAGUACUCAAAAAGCGGCGCGAGGUGCUUCCCCUGGACGGAGCCCCCCCGAAGCAGGCCAGUGUGGAGAGCACGGUCGUGCAGGAAGGUCCCAGGGCCCCCGCUGAGGACGAGGAGGAGGAGGCGGCCUGUCCUCACCCUUCAGGCAAGAGCAGCCUGCCGCCCGAAGCCGCAGUGCCUUUGCGCGUGGCGGGAGCCGUUCCCUCUCCUCGUAAGGACGCACCCGCAGACACUCAGCUGAAGAAGGAGAAGAAGUGCGUGCGGCUUGUAGACGCACCGCCUGACGCCGAAGGCUUAGCCGAGCGGAGCGGGAACACCCCCGACCCUGCCAGGUCAGCUGCUGAAUCAAAGCUUCAGAAAGAAGCUCAAGGACGGGAAACGGCCGCGAGCAGCUUGGCGAAGGGGCCUCGGAAAAGCUCGCACCCCAUCAUCUAUGUGUCUUCGAAAUCCACUCCAGAGACGCAGUGCCCUCAACAGUAAACACUUGGCUUUCAGGGUCCAGGUGCCACCUGCUCAGAGGCUGCUUUGGAGCACUGUGAAGACCGCCUCUGCCUCCUGGCUGCUGCUUUCUCCUCACCGUGUCAGGACCUGGGGCUUGGUGCUCUCCGUGAACUACGUGCCAAAGUUUGGUUGCGGCUCUAACCAGGAGACCCUCUCGAGGGACGACCCGUCUGGAGCCUCUGUGAAUCAGAGAGAGCGAAGCCUGAACUGAAGGAAAGUGCCGUGGCAGGGCGUUGGCACCUCUGUGUAGGACUUCGGGUGAUGCCAGCAUUUCCUGAGAAGCCUCACAUUUGAGGAGAGCCCUGAGGUCACUAGUGGAUUUGCUUCGAGACUCUGUCACUAGAUCUUUAUUUACACUGUCCCACAGAUAGACCUCGCCCUUAACAAACACGACCUUUAGCUGAAUUUUGUCAGUGAUUAAAAGCCCCUCAGCCUUUGCCUUUAUAUGCCUCAAUAUAUGGGAGGGCGGGGUGCUUUGAAAUCUAAAAUAAAACUUCCACGGUCUAUACCCUUUCUAUUUUCUUACUCUGUGUAAAUUAUAAGAUGUUAGCAAAAUGGGGCAGAAAACAAAAACUUUUCAGGAAUUCUUAAUUCCCUGGUCCAUGUAAUUUAUAUAUAUGUUUCUGUCCACAUUUAAUACAUGUAUUGAUGCUAACCUUGCCAAAUAAAGAUUUGACCUCCUUUCAGUGACAAUA